UGUAUUUAUCGCAUCAAAAUGUUUUAGAGAUGACUUAAGACUUGUGAUGUAGAUGAAUGUAACCACAACACUCACUUUCAGUAAAUUUUAUUGACUUACGAGUAUAAUAUGAAUAAUAAAACAUGUUGAAACGGUUUAAUAUUUGUCGUUUAGACAUUACAUAUCAAUAUAAAAGCUCUUUAUGUUUUCAAAUAGCGCAGCAGUGCAAAUAUUCUUCAAGCCGAAAAAGUGUUGUAAGUUAUUAGUAUUAGUAUUAGUAUUUACUAUUUAAUUAUUGAAGUAACUAACUUAACUUACUAAAAUAAGUGUUAAGACUGUUAACACUUAAGUCAAGUCGAAGUAAUUAAGUAUUAGGUGUAAUAAAUUGUAAUUUACACCAUAAUCAGUAAGUGACUAAGUUAAAGUAGUGUGUGUAAGUCUACCAGUACCAGUAAGUAGUAUCUCAGUCUCAAUGUCUAGCCUGUGCCUGUACUGGACUUGUACUGUUCAUAAUUUAUAAAAAAUAAAUCAUAUCAUAAAUGAAAUUAUUAUUAUUUAUAAUUUUUAUGCCUGCCUAGCCUAAGCUAACAGCUAAGCAAGCUUAAUUAAAUAAUUACUAAAAAUUACUAAUUAAUACUAAUAAAUUACUAAUAGUAUUUAUUUAUAAAUGAAAAUAAAUUAUAAAUUACUAAUGAAAUGAUGAUUCAAUUAUUAUUAUUUUAUUAUUAUUAUUUAUAACUAAAAUAUUUGUCCCUAGCAAGAUAGUAACCGAACAGAAAGCACUUGGCAAUACUUUCUACCAUCUAUUGCAAAGUCUCAACAUUGUUGUCAUGUCAUGUAAAGAACAAAUCAAAUUUUUCAUAUUGUCCGUAAAUUUUACAUACCCCGGUAGAAUAAUAUAACUAAACCAAAAUCUGGUUUUAAAAUUUGAUGUUUUGUAUCCUCAAAUCUCCACACAAAAAAUAACUAAAAAAAGAACAAAGUGCGACAAUAUUCCAACGCCAUGGCCUUGAUUGAAAUGUUUAAUUAGGAAAUAGUAACCAUAUCCUUGCAUAAAAGCAGAUAUGUUUUAUGCAAAAUCACUAUCAUGGUUUUUAAGAAUCCAGCAUUACGUCGUCACAUUAGCCCCUUCUUAUAAAAAAUAAUUAUUAAAAAUCAAGUUUUCCAUUGGAAAUUCCAAUGAUAAAUCAGUGAGAGCUAGGCCCAAAACUAAUGCCCUAAUUAGCUAAUUAAGAAAAAGUAGUGACAAUGUAAAAAAAACUAUCAAUAAUGUGACUUUUUGACCUAGUUUUUAUUCACCAAAAGUGGUGGCAUUCAACCUCGCAUCCACUGCUCCCCUAUUUAGUUUUGAUUUUGACGUCACCAAAUAAAUGUGUAGUGCCGAUUCUUUUUACCAACCCCAUCCUCCCUUGAUUGAGAAAAGGUUGUUUAAGUUUCAAAUACGCUUUAAAGAAUGCUAUCAGGUAAUGUAAUGUAAUUUCCAGAAUUUCUUUUCUGGGAGGGUUCCAACUUCCCUGAAUAAGGUGACAGCUUUCCCAGAUUUUUGUUAUUUUUCUUAGAUGUUUGCGAGACGUUAUUUAAUUGCAAGAUUGUGCACUUUAUGUGUGUAAUUUAAUAUUUUUAUCUUUUGAGGAUUGUACUUUUUAAAUUGUGCUGUGCUGUAAGAAUAUUGUUAGUAUCAUUAGUUUUGGUAUCAUUUUUCUUUGAACACUAGUUUUCAGCCCUUUGUUAAUUAUUGUUAAACACAUGAGCCAAAUCUUGAAACAGAUUAAAUUUGCAAAACUAUAUAAUGGUACGUAACAGGCUUCUUUCAUUGUGUUGUAAAUUAUAUACUUGGUAACAACAUGUUAGAAGAUUGAAAUGAUUUAUAUACUGAUAAUUACUGCUUGAUAACCUGAUAGAUAUGUAUCUUUCUUAGCCUCAGAAAUUAAAAAUAACCCCAAAACCACCUGACGGAUGCACCACUGACCUAAUAGGACCACCAGACACUGUAUCAAAUAUUAGACCUGUACAAUUUUAUGUGCCUCCAAAUGAAACAACUGCAGAGAAGAUGUUUCGACUAAGGCGAGCAGAAGUUUUGGAAUGGAACCAGUCAUUUUGGGCUCACCAUAAUUCAAAGUUUUUUAAGGUUAGCAUGUACUUGAUGAAUUUUCAUUUAUUUUAGCUAUUAAAUUUAUGUAACAUUGUGAGUCUGUUUGUGCUGCUGUUGGUAUAUUUGAAUCCAAGAAGGCAUUCCAUUCAAUACAAUUGCACACCGGAUAUGUAAAAAUAAAUUAUCACAUCUGCAUUAAAUGGACUUUGAAGAAUAUCUGAAGAAUUGAAAUAAGAAAAAUGUGUAACUUUGGAUAUGUUAUCAGAUGGAAAUGUAUUAUUUCAUGUAUUUAGUAAUACAUAUCUAUAAUUCUCUUUCCUAAAUAUAUCGACUCUUGUGUAUAGUAUAUUGAAUAAAAUAUUAUAUAAUUUUCAGAUGAUAUAAAGGAAAAUUGCUUUAUGUAUAUUGAUGAUAUUUUAGGAGAUUAUUUGUUGUUGUUUCUUUCUUCUGAAGAUUCUGAGCUUUCACUAACGGGUUCAUUAAUAUUGCAAUUAGUGCUUGCACUGCAUCUUAAAAAAAUUAAUUAUAUUCUUUAAGUAGUAAAUUACUCUGAAAUAAGGCCAGUAAAGGGGAUAAACUUGAGAAAGUAAAAUUUAGGAGAGGGUGGGGUAAAGACUGGAAAUGAGUGGGCAUUGCAAUGGGAGAAGGUAGAGGUGUUGAGAUAAUGAAGACUGGGAGAGAGAAGGCAGGGAGGAAAAUCAUCAAAUAUCACAGUUACAAUUGUGGGGAGGUGUAAAAAUCAUUUUUUAAUAUAAGUUUUUGUUUACAAAGAAAGAAUGUAAAAUUGAUUAACGUGAUUUAAUUAUAUCAGUGUUUUUAAACAACAACUAACAAAUUGAAUAAAAGGUUUCUAUUGUUUUAGAAUGGACCUCCAAGGAUUAUCUCUGAGUAAAAUAAUUCUAUUAAAAUUCUAAAUUACAUCAUCAGUUAUUUAACUUUUUUUUUUUAUUUAUAUUUUUUUUAGGAGAAAGAUCAGUACAUUCAAAGCCACCAAAGUAAAGAUGUAGAUGGCAAACCAAGUCUGUCACCAGAAGAGCUUUCUGUGUUCUACAGAUCUUUUCUAAAUGAGAACCGAGUAGCUCAUCUUAAUUAUAACAAGUAGAAUGGCUUGUUUGUUCUCUUUACUGAUCAAUGCUUAUAACGAUCCCUCUUUUUGUUUUGUUUCUUGGCUAUCACAUCUUGUUUCUGUCUUCUCACCUCCACCUCUUUCUGUCUUGUUUCUUGGUUAUCAAAUUUUGUAUUUCUUUUUGAAUUAUAAGUCAGUGUUAUGCUUCAAAGUAUAAUUUUUUUUUAUCUCCAACACUUAAUAAUUACUGCCCCUUAAUAAAUAUAUAUAUAUUAGAACUACUGUUGGUAAAUGCUUUUCUUAGACUCUCUAUCCAGCUGAUUCCCUUACAUGUACUGCUGUGUGCUAUACAAGUCUUUUGCUGGCAUUUUCACUUAUGUGACAUUUGCACUGCAGCAAUAAAUGCAUGGUCUGCUAUUUCAUUCAUGUUUAAAUAUUAAAUGAUUUCUUUAUGAGUAGGUGAAUGUUUUUUAAGAUAACAACAACAACAAAAUAUAGUAAUAGUAAACACUAUAUAGAAUUUAAUGUCAUUCAAACAAAAAUUAAUAUAUUUACUUCAUUUUUUUUUUUUUUUUUUUUUUUUUUUUAAACUUUAAUUAGCCUUUUUUUUUUUUAAUUUUCUUCUUUUUUUUUUUUUUUUUUUCUUUUUUUUUAUUUUGUAAACUGUAACUAGCCUUUAUUUAUUUUAAUUUUCUUCUUGUUUCAGAGAAUGGUACAAGAAGAAUAUUUCUAUGUUAUGGCCUGCUUUAAAAGUUGCUGUUAUACGCCUCAGGAGAAAGUUCAGAAAAAGUUCUUAAACAAAUAUUUUAGGUUGACAGUAUGCAUAUAUUUUUUAUUAUGUGAUUCCAUAUAGCAUGUGUCGAAAAAUUCAUUGUGAUUCACCCAUAAUUAAAUACUACUUUAGUGUGAGCCGUUAAGUCUUUCA